AUGUGUAUCAGUCUUUUUGGACGAGAAUCAGCCAAAGACUGUGUGGACCUUCUUGAAAAAGGUUUCAAACGGAAUGGCGUGUACCUCAUCAAACCCGAUAGCCAAGAACCUUUCCACGUCUUUUGCGAUCAAAACACCAAUGGAGGAGGCUGGAUUGUUUUUCAAAAACGUUUCGACGGAUCUGAGGACUUCGACAGAAACUGGUCUGAUUACAAGAAUGGAUUUGGAAACCUUACACAAGAAUUUUGGUUGGGAAAUGACAGAAUCUACCGACUGACUGAUCAACAUCACGAACUACUGGUGGAGCUCGAAGAGUAUGAUAAAUCAGUAGCACAUGCACGUUAUAGCUAUUUUAGCAUUGGUUCUGAGGAGAAUGGGUACGAGCUUCACCUGGGUUCUUAUACAGGGAGUGCAGGAGAUGUUCUCACAUAUCACAAAAAUGUGAAAUUCUCUACAAAAGAUAGGAGAAAUGAUGAAGGUUGCUCCCAAGAGUAUCGUGGUGGAUGGUGGUAUAAGUAUUGUAAUAUGAGUAACUCCGGCGUUAACUUCAACGGCUUUAACUUCAACAGCUUAGGCAGAAGUCCAAGAAUUUCCCCGGGGUCGAUGAAUUCAUUACCUAAAAAGUCUACCUCCAUGAAAAUCAGAGGAUUGACAGAUAACAUUCAUUGGAGUUUAUCGAGCGCCCACGGAAAUGAAAUCGCCGAUGACAGUUUUCUGUGGAGAGGAAAGGUUGAGGGCGAUGGAGUGGACAUGGACACUAACACAAUCAGCCUUCAAGGUGCAGGUCACGUGACUUUGGGACGUUUCGAUGACAGUUGCCCAGGAAACCCAACUAUGUGCGAGAAUGGUUUUACUGUGAGCUUCUGGAUGAAAUACGGAGUGAAAUUUGCAUCUUACAUUCUUGGACAAAACGAACUUUAUCACGAAGCCAUCGAGUCUAUGAUGUCAGCUGUAACCCCCAGUAAGAACAAAUGGAUUCGUUGUUACCACGCCAAGUCAGACGGCUUCACCGCGCAUGCGUUUCACUCACGAUGCGACAACAAAGGGCCCACUGUGACUUUAGUGCAAGUGCGCGAGUUCGUGUUUGGAGGAUUUUUGGAUCAGAACUGGGGAGGCCCUGAAGGUACAAGAGCAAUAUCUUCAAACUCGGCGUUCCUCUUUAGCAUCAAGAACGCAUUUGGGCUGAAACCCUUCAAAGUCAACGUUAAAGAAAACCAUAAACAGGCAGCUGCACUGAAUGAUCCGACUUCCGGACCAGUUUUUGGACAAGACGAUUUAAGGGUUACUUUUGACAACAAAAGCAUUCCCCUGUACGGUGUGUCACAUAUUGGCCAAGCCUACGACUUACCCCAGGGAUAUAAUAACACGUAUCAAGUAGAUGGAGCUGGACUUUUCGCUGAAACAAGCAUUUUUACCUGGGACGACUUAGAAGUAUUUUAUUACAAUGUGCCACAUGCUUCCCUUGGUGUCAGCAACCCAGCUACAGUUCAGAAUUCAGAAUUCAGUUCCUCGUCCGAAAAAUUCUUUCUCACCUACUCUGCAGAAGAUGCUCGAGGGGGCUCCGAAUGGUGUGCGUAUUACGAUGAUGAACAUCAGUGGCUAGAGGCGAUUAUCAGUUAUGACGUGCCAAAUGACCGUCAAAGUUUUGAAUUGAAGGCGAAAGACGAUGUAAAACCAGGGAUAACUUAUUAUCUUCUUAAUUCGAGCACGGAUGGAAAGAUCUGGAACGCACUUAAUAUGGGCAAGAAAAUUGGUGUAGGCAAGACCUUCCACUAUGAGAAAAAACUUCCCUAUGUGAGGUUCAUACCUGAGUCAUGGAAUUCCAAUAUCUGCAUGAAAGUAAAUAUACAUGCUACAAAUAACGACAAGAAAGUUGCCUUUGAGAGACUCACAGCGUCGUCUGAGAGGUGCAUGUCACCAGCUUACUUCGCUCGACUUCACCACACUGGGAAGUGCUUUUCUGCUUGGUGCUCUUCGCAUCGUUCCUCGGACCCUUAUCCGUGGCUGCGUGUGAACUUGAGUAGCCCGCGGUAUAUUCUCUUUGUUGCUACGCAAGGUUCCGACAAAGAACAGGACAGGUAUCAUGUGUCGUCUUACUAUCUCAGUUAUCUUCAUGAGGACGAUGGAAAAGCGACAAACUACACAGAAAAUGGGAACUUAAAGAUCUUCGAAGGGAACUGGGAUGGAUCAACUGUUGUUAAAAACGCAAUUUUGAAUCCAUUCACCACCCAAUCCUUGACGUUCCAUAUUGUUGGCUCGAGAUCAAAUGAAUGUUGCCUAAGAGUUGAAAUUUACGGUCCAAAAUGUAAACAACCUCUUGGAAUGGAAAAUGGCGCCAUAUCUGAUGCACAGAUUACUGGCUCGUCCUGGGUGACUCCUUAUGAGGCUUAUAAGCCCAGCCGAGCACGACUUAAUAUACGACACAGUAAAGAGCCCUACAUGGCUGGGGGUUGGGUGGCUUCCUCGCAAGAUGCUGAUCCAUGGUUGCAGGUCCAUCUCGGUAAUGAAACUUUUAAAGUCACUCGGGUGGCCACGCAAGGAAGACAUUCUUAUAACGAGUGGGUAAAGAACUACAAACUACAGUACAGUCAGGAUGGUGUGAACUUCAACUACUACAAGGCACGAGGACAAACAAAUGACAAGGUUUUUAAAGGAAAAGAAGACAGCGACAUUGUUGCUUACAGUGACCUCGAUCCUCCAAUCAGAGCGCGUUUUAUCCGAUUUAGACCGACAGCUUGGCAUGGCAAUGCAACAAUGAGGGUGGAACUCUUUGGUUGUCCAUCAGAUUGUAGCCCUAAACCUCUUGGGAUGGAAAACGGUACAAUCUUUGAUAGUCAGUUAACUGCAUCGUCUAGCAGUGGUUCGAAUGUUUCCGCCAAGUAUGCGCGACUGAACUAUCCCCGAGGUGGCGCCUGGGUAUCAAAUCCUCACUCAGGUCAAUGGCUACAGAUAGAUUUGCUUGACUACCACACAAGUGUAACCUCGGUGGCAACACAAGGAAGAUCUCUGGGGUACAGAAACCAGUGGGUGACGACUUACAAGCUGCAAUUUAAUAACCUAGACCACUCCUUCAAAUACUUUAAAGAAGAAGGGAAAACUGAGGAUAAGAUUUUUGCUGGUAACACAGACGGAAAGUCUACUGUAUCACAUGAUCUAAACCCACCAAUAACAGCACGCUAUAUCCGUUUUCUACCGAUAACGUACCACGGAUGGAUAGCUAUGAGGGUAGAGCUGUAUCACGGCUGUGGACAAGCUAACGAAGCGCAAGAUGAUACAAUCAUUUCGUGGCGAGAUACGAAUUCCAUCAGUGAGGAGAAAGCGUUUGAGUUUAAACAAGUGAAUGAUUUGUUUAAACCCCUUUACCAGCUGUCCGUCACAUCUGAAAAUGAAACUUACACUCUGAACAUUCCAAAAGUCCCCAUAACCUGGCAUCACGUGACAUUCACGUGGAGCAAGGCGUGGGGAUUAAAAUACUAUCAAGAUGGCGCUCUUGUCGCAGAGACAGGGAGGUCAGAGAAAAGCAUAUCUGUAACAGAAGAGGGAACGAACGGAUUGUUUAUCAUUGGAAAGAGGGUUCUGACCAGCAUAAUAAGCUCUGCAGAUAAUUUUCAAGUUCAAGGACUGACUGUGUGGCCUCGCCUUGUCUCUCAAGCACAACUGGAACGGGAGUUGGAAACUGUUACCUGUCACAUUAUGGAUCAGUGUCUAAAACAAAGUUAUAACGACGAUUUUGAUUGGUCAUUCGGAAUAAACUGUACGAAAACUCCCGGCACAGGUCCAUGUAGUGAUCACGUGCUCAGCAGUGAAGUUCGGCGUUCAUUCAGUAACGCAGCUUUCAAAAGAAAAACAGAGCAAUAUGACAGAGCCAACUCUUCUCGGAUGGUGGUUGAUGGUGACUUUAACUCGUGGAGUGAACUGGGGCGUGUCCAAAAGACAUGGUGGAAAGUAGACCUUGGGCGUGAGGGCCUAGUGACUGGCGUGCGAUUCGUACUCAAGCUUGCAAGCAAUGGAAGCAACAUAGAGUCAAGUCUUAAUGUUAUAAUUGUGAGAGAGACUGGAAAGAUUAAGGAGUCUUUGUGCGCAACCUUUAACAUAGGCUAUAUCGUUGAAAACGAGGUUGCUUACAAGGUGUCUUCUUGUGGUACGCCGUUACUAGGGAGAUUUGUUAGGGUGGAGAUGACGAUGGAAGGUCGCGUGGAAUGCAGCAGGAACAUAAUGUGUCCAUCUCCAGUAAUGAAUCUGUAUGAGGUGGAAGUCAUGAUGGUACAAUCUACUGGUUUCAUUUACAUAAACACUACAUCUCCUCGCGUUAAAGGAGAAAAGGCUCGAAUGAUGACUCGGUACAUUUUACCCAGAUACAACUGUCUGUCAUUCUCGUACCAUAUAUAUGGAAGUCACAUAGGAAGGUUGAAUGUAUAUUUCAAGAGUUACGAGAGUUCUGAGAUUCUUUUGUGGAGACUACAUAAGGCGCAGUCCAAUAACUGGCAUCAUGGAGAAAUCCUCAUUCAAACCAACGACACCUUUCAGAUAAUAUUUGAAGGGAUUGUUGGGAAUGGAAAUGAAGGUGACUUGGCCAUCGAUAAUGUGAUGUUCACAACAAAUAGCAACUGUUCAAUCACACCUCAUGCCGCUAAUCCGUCACUGAUGCAAGGUUUCAGAUCUGAUAUCAUCGGCCACAUCCCAGCAUACCAAGCGCGCCUCGAGAGCUGGUUAACGUCUGUUAAUUUUCAUGGAAAGCUCUGGAAGCCUUGCUACAGCGCUGCCAAAGAUGGAUGGGACAGUAGUAUUUUCCACGAGAAGUGCGAUGGAAAAGGAGCCACUUUGACAAUUGCCAGAUUUAACAACACUAUAUUUGGAGGAUUUACAGACCACAGCUGGGGAAGCUACCCCGAAGGCUACCGUAUCAGCACACAAUCAUUUCUAUUUCGUUUCGAAAAAAAGAUAGGCCAACCAUUCGAGAAUCAAGUUCUGGGGAUAAAACAGGUACAUAAAUUAAUUCAGUGGAGAAAGGACAGAGGACCCGUGUUUGGAGUGGAAGAGCUGGUCAUUACAUCGAACAUGAAACAAGCUACAACCAGUAACUUGACAAAUUACACUCAUCCAUCAGGUUCAGAUAAAAAUGGUUCAUCGACUGAAUACUUACUGGGGGAAAGAUUCGUUUCUCUUCACGCCGUAGAAGUUUUAGCCAUAGGAGAUACACUGUGUCAGAGUCAAUGUCCAUUGUACCAGUACUGCGAUGAAGUCAUGGGUUGGUGCAAGUGGGAUUCCGCUCUGAAAGAAGCUCGCUUUUGUGGUAUUGAUACCUGGACUUCCUACUGGCCUCUGGACAGUCACGUGAACAUGGUCAACCUAGGUGGGGACGAAUGGGGAACAUUUGAAGGUGCUGUGAGUACCACGCAAGGGGCCCGGCUAGGAGCUGUUCACACCGGUGGGGAGGGUGCUGUCAUAACACUGGGUGAAAUCAAUGACAAAUGCUUCACUGAACCUUCGUCCUGUAAAAACAGCAACAAUUUUUCCGUAACCCUGUGGUUCAGACACAGGACAACCUACUUAAAUCAUAAUAAUACUGUACAACAAACAUUCCUGUCCAUUGGAGACAAUGAAAACAUAGUAUUUAAAAUAUUCCGGCUGGCCGAGCAGACAGAAGAACAUCUCGCUGUUGAAGUAGCUGUGUCGUCGAGAAAUUGUCGUUAUGUCUUCCCCGUUCCAAAGUUUUUAUGGUCUCAGUUCGCUUUCGUGUGGAACACCACGGAUUUGAAUAUUUACAGAGAUAAUGUUGAGGUGGAAAACUUUUUUGUCACAGAUUGUUUUGCAAUAACUGACUUUUCCCCUCAGAGGGCAGUAGUAAUCUUGCAAGGUGAUGCAACGUUUGACGAUUUGAGGAUUUGGAGCAGAACACUCGAAGUAAAAGAGAUCGAGGAAAUGUUCACAUGUGUAAGAGCUCCACCGUGGACGUGCAGUACAUCAGACUGGACUGAAAGCAUAAAAACACAUGGAUUGUCAAAUUGUUCAGAGCCCAACUUCCUGCUGAAUGGAUUAAUCAGAGGAGAGAACGGCGGCUUGGAAGAUUACAUUGAUCGACUGGAAGGUGCAAUGUGUUGCUCUGCGCCACUGGAAUACAAAGAUGACGACUUAAAAUGUCGUAAUUCUCUAUACAGCAACAGUACUGGAAAUAAUUUACACUUCGACUGUUAUUAUGGCACCUUCCUCCGUGGAUUUUACCGCCAGGGAAGUUUACCAGCUACCUUCGAUGCCAUCACAAAAGGCCAAUGCUGCAAGCAUCGUAGCGGCCCAUCCUCUUAUCGUCAGUGUUACUCUUUUCAAAUCAGUGACUUUAAUAGACCCGGCCUGACUAAGUGUGAAGAACAUUACUACAUGGCGGGUAUACGCGUGGGCGCCUGUAGACAGUUAUACUGCAUCAAUCUGAUUAGAUGCUGCAGAAUGAAAACAAAUGAACGAGAUGAUCGAAAUCUUGAGAUUAGUCUGAAAGUAAAUUUGUUGGAUGAAACAUGGAAUGCCAAUCUAUUGAAUAGUUUACACGACGAUUUUAAUGAACUGCAGGGAAAAAUAGAAAAUAAUAUCAAGGAUAUUUAUAGCAAGGCUAAUAAAAAGCACUAUUUAGAGGAAAUACCAACACCAACCUUUAAGUCUGGCAGUGUCAUAGCAAUUUUCAGCAUGAUUUUUAAUGUUCCUCAGUACGAUUUAAUCUCUCCGCUCCUGGAAGUUAUCAACAAAACAACAGGACCGAAAGAAGUGAAUAAACUUGGAAAUAUGGCAAUACAGCUCUUAGAAGUUAAUCCACUCAACGUUUACGGCAAAUCUUUAAAAGUGACUGUCACCUUGGCUAACAGCUCAACCUUUCAACUGCAGUGGCAAUUUGCUGAGGACGAUCCGAAGUAUGGGACAUUUCAGGGGUAUCAAGUCUUGUACCGAAAAAUCAGUGAAAUUACUGAUGAAUUCUUACUGAGCAAUGACAUUAAGGAGAAUAUUACUCAAGCUCGGUUCUCUGUCAAAGAAGAAUGCGAGUUAUUUGAAUUCAAGGUCCGUGCCUAUUCUUUGGAGGGAUAUGGAAAACUAAGUGAAGCAGUCAACGCGUCGACUCCUUGUAAAGCCGUUCAAAAUAUUACUGCGACCGCGAUUACAUAUUCAACUAUCCGUCUUGAUUGGAGCCCCGUCAAGGGAGGUCUUUUUAACUAUUAUAACGUGACGUAUUCGAUUACUGAGGCGAGUCUUACGUGGCACGAGGUGGUUGAGCGGAGUUACUCUUGGGUAGAUCUUGUAAAUCUUCGUGGAAUGACAAAUUACAGCAUGAAAGUUGGUUUGAUGUUAGAAGAUGGUUUCACUCUCUGGAGUGAGGCUGUAACGAGUGAAACUCCUGAAGGAGCUCCGAGCGCUCCACCUGAAAAUGUGAUGUCCUACAACUUCAGUGCAACUUCUAUUUACGUCACGUGGUCUCCGGUUCAAGAAGAGUUCUUGAAUGGCAUCCUUCGUGCUUACCAAGUAUUCUAUCGAAAGUCGUCGGAUACAAUAUCGUCCCCGAUGGAAAUAUUCUCAACAGUUUCAUCGCCAUCAGUAAACAUUUCAGAUUUAGAUAAAUUCACGGUGUAUUCUGUGUGGGUGAAGGCGGUUACCACAGCAGCCGGUCCCAGCUCUAUCGUUGUCAACGUUACCACUGGCGAGGACGUUCCCAGCUUACCUCCCUCCAUUUUAUCCGCGUUCCACCUGAGCUCCACUGUUAUUCGUGUUGUUUGGGAUCCUAUACCUACCGAACAUAUCAACGGCUUGUUGUUGGGUUAUCACGUGACUGCUCAAAAAGUUGGCAGAGUAAAGAGAAGUGUUACCAUCGAGACAUUGAAUGCAACAUCCAUGUCAGUUGACUUAACAGGACUUAGCAAAUUUUCUGAAUACAAAAUAUUGAUCAGCGGAUUCACUAGUAAGGGUGACGGGAUUGAAGCAGAGAUCACAAGCUGGACUGACGAAGACACUCCAGACAGCCCACCAACAAAUAUUUCUGUACGGAACAACGGAAGCAUGACUUUGGAUGUCUACUGGAAUCCAGUUACCCAAGAGGACCUCAAUGGAAUAAUUCUUGGCUACAGUGUUUUGUUAUUCGACGCCUUGGGCGUAUUUUUAAGAAACGCGACGGUUAUGAAUUCCACCCAGUUAUAUUACCAGUUCAAGGACCUUGAGGCAUGGACCAACUACUCGGUGAAAGUGAAUGCGUUCACAUCUAAGGGGGCUGGGCCAGUUAGCUCCAGCAUUUUUGUACAGACAGGCGAGGACGUUCCUCUCGUCGCUCCAACUAACAUAACUGGGCAUAACACAAGCUCUACGUCUAUCUUCGUUGCCUGGCAACCAGUUUCCCCAGAAACAAAGAACCUCCGGGGCAUUCACCGUGGAUACAGAAUCUACUAUAUGCCACGUGAAACUUCCCGUCCGUCAGCGUUGAGUAACACAACUGUUGAUGUCCAUACCUCGGAAGCGGAACUGGUAAAUCUCUACAAAUAUACCCUAUACGACAUAUAUUUGACAGUGCGAACGAGAUGGGACGGACCAAAAAGUGGAACAGUCACUAUUUCUACCGAUGAAGGAAUUCCAGACAGCCCCCCCACAAAUGUCUCUGCACACAGUAACAUGAGCACAGUUGUGGACGUUUUCUGGAACCCAGUAAUUCAAGAGGAUCAGAAUGGCAUCAUUCUUGGCUACCAGGUCAUCUUGUUCAAUACUUGGGAUGAAUUCUUACAAAAUGUAACUAUCAUGAAUUCCAACCGGUUAUAUUACCAGUUCAAGGACCUAGAACCGUGGGUCAACCGCUCGGUCAAAGUGAGGGCGUUCACAUCAAAGGGGACUGGGCCAUAUAGUCCCGGGGUUAUCACAACGUUUAACGAGGAUGCCCCCCUCGUUGCUCCUGCAAACGUUACUGGACACAACACAAGUUCUACCUCUAUCCUCGUUACUUGGACACCAAUAUCUCCCAAGGACAAAAACAUUCGAGGCAUUCACCGAGGCUACAGUAUCUACUAUGUACCACGUAACACUUCACGACCGUCAUUGGCAAAGAGUGUUGCGGUCGAUGUUAAUGCCACGCAUGUAUAUCUGUCAAAUCUCUACAAGUAUACUUGGUACGACAUAUAUGUGACAGUGCGAACGCGAUGGGACGGACCAGAGAGUGAGACAAUCACUGUUUCUACUGAUGAAGGGGUACCAGACCUCCCUCCGGCAGACGUAACGGCCAAGCUACUGGACAAGACGGAAAUCAGAGUACGCUGGGGUCUAGUCCCUUUGGGUUAUCGUUGUGGUAUCAUAACAGGAUAUAGGAUCUCUUACAACUCCAGUGACUCAAAUACCAGUUUUAUUGACGUCCCAAGUGACGCUUCAGACGUCAUUUUAACGUCACUUGCAAAAUUUACCUUCUAUUACGUGUACGUUCAAGCUCACACCAUAAAAGGAAAUGGCCCGGCUCAUUAUCUGAAGGUUGCCACUUAUAUGGGAGUUCCUAAUCUGGGCCCACCAGGACUUACAGCAGAUAAUUGGAACACAACUCACUCAGUCACAAUCAGAUGGCAGCCAUUGCCUCUAUCAGAUGACUACGGAGACCUUGCUGGGUUUCGAGUUCGGUAUCAAUUGGCGAAACUCGGAGACGUAUCUGUCUCAGAAAGUUCUCGGAAGGAGCUGGUAACUUUUCCGGGAACCAAUCAGGUUUUACUGGAAAAUCUGGAACUGUAUGGGACUUACAGUGUUUGGGUGUCUGCUUUUACUCUCGAUGGUCACGGACCCGCAAGUUUUACUUAUGCAGAAACAUGUCGUUGCAAUAAGCACCUCACAACAAACUGGCGCCAACUGCCACCCUACGUCAGUGGAAAAAAUGCGGACCUACCCCUUCCUGAUGGAAUUCUGGCUUCUGUCCUAAGUAAGAUGGCAGUUACGUGUUGUCAAACCUGCCAAAGUCACGGUGAGUCAUUCCUAGAAUUCAGUCUUGAUGGCGACAAGAGGAACGCUGAGAAACCCAGUGAUGCAGCUUUGAAGGAAGCGAUUUCGGAGAAAACUGAGUUUCAUUUUCCUAUCCCGGGAUCCAUGGAUCAAGAGAAGUUCGGCGCGGAGCAUGGGUACUGGCCGUUGGUCCAGACACCGGGCGUUGCUUAUAUCGUAAACACUGGUGACAGUUAUACGCCAUCAGAUGCACUAAAUGAUACUUUACUUGACUGCUGGGCUGCUUUGCUUGUGGUUUUUGUGACUUCUCUGCUGGCAGGAUUAAUAAUAUGGAUUUUGGUGAGUUAUAACCAGUACACGACUUAUGAAGAGAUUGUCGAGGCGUUGUUAGACGGUGAAGUGACAGGAGCCUUAAUUGAUGCAUAUGUUCUUGGUAGCAGAAAGGAUUUGUUUGAAAAUCCCUCUCUUCGAGUCAUUAAAGUCUUUGACUAUUCCUCAGCGUACGGACUGGUGCUUAGCGGUGAAGCUAAAAAGCUCAGAACGUGCUUUGGAAAAUUUGCACAAAGCCACAAAAAAGAAAUUUUUGAAACUAUAGAGAGUCAUGUCGAGUCUGUGGAGGAAUCCUCGAUACCACUUGCAGUGGAAAGAACUACUGGGUUGUUUGAUAUCGAGGGUUCAAUGUUCCAAGCAGCUCUUAUUUUAUCGUCUGCUUUGUUGCUGGUGUUUGUCAUAGCAGGACUUUUGUGGGAGUUGGUAAAGAGAUUGAAAAUUCGACGAAUGGUGGCAACUGAUGGAGAUCGUUUGAAGCUAUUGACACAGAAUACAAAAAGCGAAAUGAGUGGCACUGUGAAAGAUUUUAUAACGGGAAUAGAAGCUUUAACAGAAGAACUGAAAUCUAAACACUCGAAACAGAGAAGAAAUCUUGUAAAGACACUGAAGUCAAAGCAACAGAAGGGCGUAUCUUAUAAUCUUAACGGGCGUUUUACAGAAGAAUCUACGAGUUAACUAAUAAUAAGUUGUGGCAGAAAUAGAGCGCGUCAUUCUCUUUGAAGUCAUGCAGCCUUGAGUGAACACUCACAAAACGUUGGACAUCAGAAAUAAAUAAAUAAGUUAGUAAUUAAAUAGAUAGAUAGAUGGAUAGAUGAAACAGCCGUAAACGUGCGUAAAUACCAAAAUACACUUUCCAUAAUUUUCCUCUAUCUUCUCCGCCCUGUUCCUCCAAAUACCACGCUUAUCAUUUUUUAAAUAAAUAUUAACAUAAUAUUUGCAUC